UUUUGAGAGCUCCUCAUACGGAUUAUGGUCCGACACGCGCUGUCACCCCUGCACGGUGGAAAAUCACCGAAGGGGCCCAAGACUUGUCCAUGCUACAUAGUAAGCGUACAAUGAUCGAGACCAGGAGCACUUGGGUGUCAUUGGGACGUAUGCAAGUGAGCUUUAAUAUAUGAAGGGCUCACUCCACCAUCGUAGACUAUUGUCCUUCCCCCAGCUACUCUUCUUGUUCUUGUUCUUCUUUGACUUUGACCUACACGCGUCAAAGCUUGUUUUCCUCCCUUGUGACAAAUCCUACGAGGAAAGCGAUCAAGAUGUCGAGGUUUCCAAAGAUCACGAACACCUACUUCAUGGCGGUUAUCGCUACCGUGGGCGGUAUGCUCUUCGGUUUCGAUAUUUCAUCCAUGUCUGCCAUCGUCAUUACCGACCAGUAUAUCGACUACUUCAACAAUCCUUCUGGUGUCACUCAGGGAGCUAUCGGGUCUGCUCUCGCCGCUGGAUCUAUCGUUGGUAGUUUGAUAGCUGGUCCUAUUUCGGAUAAGUACGGCCGACGUGACAGUAUCAUGUUUGCUUGUCUUUGGUGGCUAGCUGGAACUGCAGUUCAAGUUGCUACUAAUGGUGUGGGCUCGUUAAUCGCCGGCCGUAUCCUGAAUGGUGUCUGUGUUGGCAUUACCUCUUCUCAAGUUCCAGUGUACCUUGCAGAGAUUGCCCCUCGAGAUAUUCGUGGCCGUAUCAUCGUUAUCCAGCAGCUUGCCAUUGAAUGGGGUAUCUUGAUCAUGUACUUUAUUGGCUACGGGUGUUCUAAAAUCGAAGGCACGGCGUCGUUCCGAACCGCAUGGGGCACGCAGUUUAUCCCCUGCGUACUGCUUAUGCUUGGCCUCCCCUUCCUUCCCCGGUCCCCGAGAUGGCUUGCCAAAGUCGGUCGCGAGGAAGAGGCGAUUCAGACCCUCGCCAAUAUUCAAGCCGGUGGCAAUAAAGAUGAUCCGCUUGUCGUCGCUGAGUGGGAGGAAAUAUUCACUGUUCUGAAUGCAGAGCGCGAAUCGAUUCGGGGAUGGAGGAAGUUCUUCGUCAAUGGCAUGUGGAAGCGAACUCUUGCCGGAAUGAGUGUGCAAGCUUGGCAGCAAUUGAGUGGUGCCAACGUCAUCGUGUACUAUAUUGGAUAUGUCUUCCUGAUGGCUGAUCUCCAAGGCGAUGUCAAUUUGGUUUCUUCAGGCAUUCAGUAUGCGUUAUUCAUCAUUUUCACUUCCAUUAUGUUCUUCUUCAUAGAUCGUACCGGUCGCCGAACACUCCUCGUACUCGGUGCCAUAGGCAUGGCUGUUUGCCAUUUUGUUGUUGGCGGUCUCCUUGGUACCUAUAGCGUCGACGUUCCCGAGGGUGUUGGCGGAAACCACAACGUUGUGAUCAAAGUCACAGGCUCCCCUGCCCACGGCGUCAUUGCAUUCAGUUACCUCCUCAUCAUCGUCUAUGCGCUUACUCUAGCUCCUGUAGCUUGGGUUUACGCUGCUGAGGUCUGGUCUCUCGGGACACGUGCUACAGGAAUGUCGCUCGCUGCAGUAGCGAACUGGCUCUUUAACUUCGCCUUGGGACUAUUCACCCCGCCAGCAUUCCUCAACAUCAAGUAUAAGGUGUUCAUCAUCUUCGGUGUGCUCUGCAUAUGUGCAGCCAUCCAAGCCUGGUUUACGUACCCCGAAACAUGUGGUAAGACUAUUGAAGAAGUUGAAGUAUUAUUCGCCAAAGGAGCACCACCGGCGUGGAAGACUAAGAAGGGUGGCUCUCGUCUUGAGGCUGAGAUUCAGGCUGUGUUAGAGCGCAAGGAUGGAGUCUCAGUCGUUCAUACUGAUAUUCAUCCGGAACUCCAGAAGAAGGGAACGGGUGAAGUAGCUAAGGAGAAAGUAUAUCGAAGAUGAUGAUAAUCAUUUCGAUAGGGUUAGCUACCAGGUAUGUAUUUAGGACCUAGGUAGACUAGCUAAUGCUUUCUG